ACGUACACGUCGAGUAAAAUCUAAAAAUCGAUGCAAGGAGUCAAGGUCCUCUUGGAGACGAAUUGUAUCUUCCUCUGUCUUGAUGUUGGCGUAAACCAUGCUAUCAUCAGCAAAGAGCCUUUAUGUUGAGUUGUUGCAGAGAUAUUCUGGCAGGCCAUUGAUGAAGAUGAGAGAGAGCAUUGGCCCGAGGACACUGCAUUGCGGAAAACCUCAUGUUACUUAGUUGGUGUUGGAGAUAAAUCCGUCCAGUACAAUGCGUUUGGCUCUAUUACUCAGGAAGUCAGCUAUCCAAAGAAACUAAACCGAUAGUCUUUCAAUAUGGCAGAGAAAAUGAAACAAUUAAUAAUCUGGCCUUCUACAAAUAACCUUCCAACAAUGUUCUUCCGAGUGCCGACGAUCAGAUUAAAAUCAUAUUACCUAUAUAUAUUUUGCACCUGGAUCACUUCGAUUGUGACAUCGACUACUGCAACCAUGGAAACGACAACUAAUCUGUUAAUGAAUUGCACAUAUAGUAUUAUAAUUACCAGUCCUGGAUAUCCUUUCCAAUACCAAAACAAUGAUUUCGUGGAAUGGGACAUCAGUGCGCCUCAUGGUAGAAGGAUCCUGGUUACUUUCAAUUACUUUAGUCUGGAAUUAUACAGGGAUUACAUAGAUGUCACAGACGAGGUCUUUGAAAGUUACACAGGCGAGAAUAUGCAGUUCCCUCCAUAUCUGGCGAAGGGGAACAAGCUCCGCAUAGCGUUUUUUUCAUCUCCACGGGGUAGAAGGAAAGGUUUCAAUAUUUCACUUGCCUGUCAUGAGCCUCCAAGAGACAACGUUUCAGUUCGUUUAAUGGGCGGUAUUAAACCGUCAGAAGGAUUAAUCGAACUAUCAUCAACAUCAGGUGACUGGAUGAGAGUCUGUAAAGAAUACUUUUCGGAAAAGGUGGCAGAAGUCGUCUGUGGAGAACUUGGCUAUCCAGGCGUCAAAGAUAUCACCUUUGUGAAUGUGAAUACACAAAACUGUACAAGACCUCCAAGAUGCGGAGAUUAUACGUAUCGUUUGCUGGAUUGCACAGCCGGGAAUUCAAGUUACGAAUCUGACCAGGUUGUGAAAAUAAUAUGUCAUGAGCCCGGAUACAGAGGAUGUUAUGAGCUUCAAACUCAACAAUUACAGAACAGUUCAAAAUUUGCGUUUUCAACGGCGUCACUUUGUGUAUACAUGUGUAAAACACACGGAAUUCAAACUCUCGCUCUUAUCAAUGAACAUGGAUGUUUCUGUUCCCCAUCUGCGGAGGUCAAUUUGAACGAUCUGUUCAAUUGCUUUGACCAUUCACCCUCAUCAAAAUUUUCAAUUUAUGAUGCCUCUGUAGGUUUCUGUGAUGAGCUGAACGACACGAUUGUUGGAUCUUGGGAUUCUAACAUCACGUGGUUUGGUUCUAUCGUUCAUCUUACCUGUAUGUAUGGAUAUACACUGAAAGGCAAUGGAACCAUCCAAUGUGUGCCAGGAGUAACGCCAUACUAUCCAAUAUGGAAUGAUUCCAUUCCGGAGUGUGAACCGGUUGAAGGAUCAACGCUCACAUAUACUACGGACAUCGAUAAAGACUACAUUUUUACAUCUUUCGAUGAGCUUUCCACUCAAGUUUUCAUAGAUCCUGCUACCGAAAUCAUCACCGAAAGACAUAUCAUCAGAGAAAAUGAGGACUGUACGUAUAUCAUAUUGCCCAUUCUGAUUGGAUCAACGGUGGUCUUAUUUCUAAUUCUUCUUGCUGUGACGAUAGGCUGGGUCAUCUCUCAGAUUUGGAAGUACUGUUCGAGUAAGCCUUGCAGUGAUUCGAAGAUAACCCACACUUACCUGGACUUACAAGAUCGCACUCCUGCAGAUCACGUUAAUAAUUUACCAGUAAUACCAACAAUGAGCGGGGCCUCGGCAGUGGCUUUGAUACACACCACUUCGCAUGGGAAAGUAGGUGGCAGUCGUAAUACGAUCAUCUACGAGACAAUUCCAACAAGUGAUGAAGAUAAAAUAGGAUACUUUUCAGACUCUGACAUUGAUGCUAAUGGUUAUGUUCUUCCCAAUCCUCCGAAAAAUCUGAAUGGAGAUGAGAUCUUCAUGCACGAAAAUGAAACGAUUGGAGACAUGAGCAAGAUGUUAGAGGAUGAAAACGGAUACCUUGUUCCGAAUGUAUGCAAAUGAAAAACUAGUAGAUUUGAAUUUGUGGACCACUGAUGGAUCAUGCAAGUCCUACUUCCCUGGAUAGAAAAUUUGAGAUACGGUCGCCUACUGCAUACUCAAGAAGCUAUUAGGAUUAUUGGUUAGUUGAAACUCUACACUUGAACCGAACAGGCAUGAUGCACAUGCCUUACCUGUUGCUCUGCUAGACAAAUGUCACUCAAGCUCUUUAUAUAUACAUGUACCAAUAUUACGUAAUUGCGACCAGUUUACUCUGUUAUUCAAAUGAACUUAUCUUCUAAUGCCUACAUUUGUUCUCCCUCUUCUCCAUCUGUGUUUCUUUUUUUACUCUUAACUUUCUUAUUUAUAUGCAAUUACAUAUGAUGUCAUUACAGUACGUAACUUGUUAUUUAUUUGUAUCUGGCGACCCCAACUCAAGCUCUGCUUUCCGGGUUUUCGCCUCCUUCAAAAUUGUGUCGAAAUAUAUACUGUAUUCGUUACUAUGUCAAAUAUUAUUUUGUAUCUGUUUGAAGGAAAUAAAUGUGAUUUUCAAUCAAUCAAAUCAAUCAAACAGGCUAACCGGUGUUCGGUAUGAUCAGGUUUCUCAAAAAAGAAUAACUUCUCACGUACCUCCCUGUGAUAAUAGAACCAGUGAAAUAGAAGUUCAACGAUCUAACUUUGUAUUAAUACAGAUUCGAAAGGUUCAUUGAUUAAAACAUAAUUAGAACUGUUCUUGAUAGGAAGCAAAGUCUUCAAGCUCCAAACAACCAUUUCUUGAAUCAGGGAAUGUAGAAAUAUCAAUUACUAAAAUACAUUUUCCAUGUUUGUUGGUGAUGCUUCAUCAAAUGUCACAACGAGUUUGUUACACGAGAACCAUCCUCGCUACUGAAAAAAAAAUAUUGGGUCAUUGAUAAAUUCCUGAGUUCGCCUACAAUUCUUAAGAAGCUUGUGUCACACUGCCUUCUUAAAAAGGAGGAGCGAACUGACAGACACUUUGUGUGGUCACUCAUUGACUAUAUGUUCUAAAUAACUAGUCUGAAAAAUGUAAAUGUUGAGAUAACCGUCAAUUAUACAGAGAAACUAACAUUUUUGUAAGAGGAAUACUUGUUUUGCUAUUAAGUAUUGUGGUAUGAAUGAAGUGAUGUAUCAUAAUGUAGUAUGUCGUCAUUCAAGUGGGUAUGUAUUACAAGACUACACAGCUUAGAAUGCUGCAAUAUCAAUACCGUGACCCGCGGUACGCCACUGCUUAACGUGAUUAGCAAACUAUCCCAGAGUAUGGGAUUAGCAUUAACUAAGGCUUCAUUACAUUUUGCAAUCUUUGUAAAAUGUAAUAAUAUUUAUAUAUUCCAAUUUAUUGCAGACUACAUUUUUACAUCUUUCGAUGAGCUUUCCACUCAAGUUUUCAUAGGUAAUUAUCCACAAAUUGAUCACAACCUCCCUCAGCGUUCCAAUUAUUGCCAGUGUAGAUUAUUUUUCUCUUAAGCUGAUGAAUUAAAUAUGAGUAAUGUCGAAUCUGAAAGUGAUCGAUAUUCAGUGGUUGAUAGGUUUCAAUGACACUUGACGCAAAAAACCCCAGUUGUGAAUAAUUAAAAAACUGGCAUUCUCUCUCUCUCUGAUGUGACCUUGAGGGGUGCUCAAAAAUACUUCUACUUUCAAGCAUCAAUGAAAUAAUAUAACUUAUCUAUUCGCAUGAUAUCCUUUCCCAUUUUCAUUCAGGUUUAUCGAAUGCAUAGCAUCACUUUUAAUUAUGAUUAAUGGACACGGUAACAAAAUUCUUAUUUACUAAAACCUAGGAAUUAAUCAACUAAAUCACUAGUACAAAUGACAGUUUUCAUCAUCUAAUUACGAUUUAGCUUACAGGAUUGAUACUGAUCAUGUUAUGUUCAAGCAUGGAGCUAUAUGGUUAAAGGGUACAGUCCACUCACCAAUAUAUAUUUUCAACUGAAUUGGCAUAAGAAGUUGGAGAGGGCGCAAUUUCAGCACUUGGCUUCAGGCCGCACACCACUAAUUAUUUCUCCAUAGUUAAGUAUUAAAUUAAAUCAUCCCCAAAUAAGUGUUUGAUAAUGAAACAAUUUUUACCCUUGUGUUUGAUAGGUAAUCAAAUAUUUUUCAAUUUUUUGAAAGGAUGUAAAUAUGUUGUUGAGGGUUUUUUUCGGUAGAGGGUAUGCAACCCAUAAUACUCCGAAACUUUACUGCAGCAACAGUAGCGAAAUAUAUUGUAGGGCAACUGAUAAAAUCCCCAUUAAAUUCUGAAAGGAUAAAAUUACACUUCUUCAUUUCACUUAUCUGAAGCAGUAUUAGUCGUAAUUCAUGUUUACUUCAUUAAAAAAUUCAGAUGUGCAUAAUUGAUUUUAUAUGAAUUUAUUUGUAUAUAUGACGUCGAUUUACUAGUGGUGUGCCGCCGAAAUUUGUUUAUUCUUCCCCAUGACAUUGAUUGUGUAAUGAUGUAUAUUAGUUGUAAAUUUGGUUAAGGUAGGGCCUACUCAAUUUUGUUAGGAAGAAAAACUAGCGUGUAAUUACCCACCUCAUAAAAAUGAGACUUAUGGUCUCUCCAAUGAAAAUAAAGUUCACGAAAACAUUUUAUGAUGUUCAACAAUCCUCAUAGUGUAUUUCUACUAGUGUACAGAUCGUGAUAAAUCAUGUUAAUUAUUUUAUUGUACAAACAAUAAUUAGUAUUGCUGUUUUUCAACUUAUCCAGAUGAUGUUUUUUUCUGUAAAUGUAUAACAGAUCCUGCUACCGAAAUCAUCACCGAAAGACAUAUCAUCAGAGAAAAUGGUAAAUAUGUGCCUCUGAAAAGAAGCUAACCCGACUAGUUGCUGUUACCCUCAGCAUAACGUUUUCAAAAGAGAGUUGCAGUGAUUGAUCUUAUUUCAUCUCUCCAACCCCAGACUGUUAAUUGCCUCUAAAUCAAUUCGGCAUCAUGGUCCAGACAUUUGGAAUGAUCUUCCAAACAAUAUUAAAACUUGUUCAACCAUAUACUCAUUAAAAGCCACUCUAAAGAAAACUAUCAUUCAAUCUUAUCAACCCCUCGCUCCAAAUUAAAACAUUCACUCAAAUAUCCACAUUCGCUAUUUAAUAUUCUGAUUUUACUCAACUGCUAUACACAGCACCUGCACCUGCAAUGCACCCACUUGACCAGUAAAUAUCAAUCUAAGUCACGAAUCUUUUUAUGAGGCCGCCAUCAA